CUCCAUGAUUUAAAUCGUAAGAAGAACAAACGGAACUUAGAAGAGGUAAGAAUAACAUCUAGAGUGUUAUGAAUAAUUAUCCCAAUGAUGAGAAUGUCUAUCAAGAGUAAGUUUGGAGUCUUCGAACUCCAAUAUCUUUUCACAUGCGGUAGUGGAAUGUAGUAUUGUUAGAGACAAAUUUGUUGGAUAGUCAUUUUAACAAACUUUGUGGGUUCAACAAUUCUCAUGAAGUUCAAAAACAAACUUUGCUAAAAAUAUUCUCAUACGUAUCUUUUCAGAAGAUACAUGUAAUAUCACUUUCAUAUAUGAUUCUCUAGAUAAAUUUUUGAGAAAUAUGCCAAAUAAUGGAUAACUUUAUCAAAUAGCUCAUUAUUCUCAUAAUGAUCUUAAUCAUCAAUACGUUUGAUGGAUACUUUACUCAUUCUUAUCAUUUGGGCAUCACAUGAUUUUCUCUUGCAAAUAUUUGAUUUGCAAUACAAGAGAAUACUGUAUAUGUUCUUUCAAGCUAUUGAUUUCAUUUACCUUUGAAUACUCUUCUAGAGUUUCAAGUCAUUCAAUAAUAACUUAUUAUCUUUGAAUACUCUUUCAGAGUUUCAAACCUAUCCGGGUAAUAAUGUUGGUGGUGGUGAUUCAUUAUUCUUUGUGUCUCUGUAAACAUUGGAUGGUUUAUUCAAUUCACAAAUGUUGAAACAUGGUUAAGGGUAUAACAGUUUGAUUACUUUUUCUAAAGUAUAUCAUACUGUUGAUAAACCUGUCCAUUCGGUAUGUAAGGUCUCUGUGACAUUUUGCUAUUGGUCCUUGCUACUGACAAACAAAGCGAACAAGAAGGCUCGGGCCUUAUUUGUUUAUGUUCAGUGAAGUAACAAGUGAUCCGAAUAAUUCUUCUCAGGCAGGCAAAGCACAAGCAACAGUGAUUUGGGAUUGAUCAAGAUUCAAAAUUGUCAUAUCAAUGGUACGAACUAAUUAAAAUAGAGAUUUUCAGACUCUACUCAUGAAUUGGAAGUUAAGAAAAUGAAAAGACAUAGUUUUUGAAUUCUCCAUACAUCUAAUGUAGUUAUCCUACUUGUUAAUGUGAAGAAGAAGAAGAAGAUAAAUGAGAUAGAGAGGAUCGAGGUGUGAACCAGAGAGAGUUCCCAUAAAUCAAUCAACUGUACAAGUGGGGUUACAAAGAGAAGAAGAAAUUAAUACAAACUAAAAAAAACUAAUAUUUUAUAUUGUAUUAAUAGUGUGUAUUUGUUUAGUAUAUAAAUGCACACUCGUGUCCUGGCAUGGAUUCUCUGUACAUUUUUUUUUCUUGGCAGAAAGAAGAGAUAUUAAUUAUGUGAAUGAUGACUGUGCAUGCAGUUGUUUAUUUAUUCACCUCUUAAUUAAUUGAUUAAUUAACUAAUUAAAGACUAGUAUCGGGAACUGUUGCGGUGGUGUUGAAUGUUCAUGUAUUGUCUCUCUAUGAACUCUUAGAAUGACCAUUUUGCCAAGUUCAGAAACAAAAACAAAAAAGGUAAAUCUUUUUUCUUCCUGUUGACAGAGUUAGUUUUUUUUAAAUUGAAUGAAUCGAAUAGAUGAAUUGAUUAAUACAAUCAAUUUUUUUCAUCGUAGUAAUUUAAAUUAACCAAAUACCAAAUUGUAGUCAAAUACUUUUACUGCCAUCACUACAGCAUCUAUCUAAAAAGAUAUUUGACUAAUCAUUUCCAGACUUGAAAUGUUAUACAAAUACGACGAAUAUUGAAUCAUUUAUAGGGAAAAUAAUUACAUAAGUACAUAUAAUCGAUCACGUUUAGAUUGGAUAGUGAUAAAAACAAAAAUUUAUAUUCAUCAUAUAUCUGUAAAAUUCAUAUCCUAGUUUUUAUCUAUGCCCCCUAUCAGGCAAUUUUAUUUAGUUUGUUCGCUUUUUUUUUAUAUUUAUCCAAUCAAUUAAUGCUCACGCCAACUGAAUCGGGUCAUUCAUAAUCAAAUUCGAUCCACUGCCCAAACUACCACCCUAUAUUUUCAAAAACUAGGCUUUAUUUUGUUGGAUUAAAAUAUGAGAAGGCACAACUUGGUGGAGAAGAAGAAGAAUGGUUCUCUAAUUCUCUAUCUAGCUAGCUAACCCAUUACAUUUUUGUUUACUUAAGUAUAGCUUCAUAUCUCCCACCCACUCAAAAUUCUCUCUUUUCAACCACUCUCUCCCUCUCUUCUCAAUCCCUCCCAUUUCCCUCCUUUUUCUCUCAAAAAGGAAAGAGCUUCUCACCUUCAAGCAAUAACUCCAUUCAUGUAUAUGUCCCUUUGCAAAACAAAAAAAAACUCUUCAUCAUCUUCGAUACGAAUUCACUACUUCUUCCUCCUCUUCCAUUUUGUAUAAUCAAAGUUUGCUUAUAUUCUCCUCUUCUUGAGAUCGAUUAAAUUUUGGAAGCAUAAUGAAUUCCAACAACUGGCUCUCCUUCCCACUUUCGCCGACACAUCCCACCUUGCAAACCCAUCUCCAGUCUUCUCAUCACUCCGGCCACCACUUCUCCAUCGGCCUAGUCAAUGACACCAUGGACAACUCUUUUCAAUCCCAAGGGGAUUGGAGCCUUAUGAACAGUCAAGCAAGCAAUGAAGUUCCAAAAGUGGCCGACUUCCUAGGGGUGAGCAAAUCCGACAACGACAGCCACCACGCCGGAGAUUUAAUCUCCUACAACGACCUUCAACAUCAUCAUCACCACCACCAGACCAAUGAUGCCGCGGCGGAAUACAUGUUUGCCACCGGCGGCGGCGGCGGCAGCAGUCUGCUGCCGGUGCACAACUCCGCGGCGGUGGUAGCUGCCACCGCCUCUAGUAACUACGAGUACCAAGAGAGUGCCGGCAGCCUGCAAGGGCUGACGUUGUCCAUGGGGAGCGCCAGCGGGAAGAGCGAGACCAGUGGGGAUAACACUAGCACCAAUAGCGCCACCGCCGAGGCCGCCGCUCCGAGGAGGACAUUGGAUACUUUCGGCCAGAGAACCUCCAUUUAUCGCGGCGUUACGAGGCAUAGAUGGACGGGAAGGUAUGAAGCACACCUUUGGGACAAUAGCUGCAGAAGGGAAGGCCAAUCAAGGAAAGGACGACAAGGUGGGUAUGAUAAAGAAGAUAAGGCUGCUAGGGCUUACGAUAUGGCUGCUCUAAAGUAUUGGGGUCCAUCUACUACCACCAAUUUCCCCAUCACCAACUAUGAAAAGGAGUUGGAGGACAUGAAGCAUAUGACCAGACAGGAAUUCGUAGCUUCCAUUCGAAGGAAGAGUAGUGGCUUCUCCAGAGGUGCAUCUAUGUAUCGUGGUGUUACGAGGCAUCACCAACAUGGAAGAUGGCAAGCGAGGAUCGGCAGAGUUGCCGGAAACAAAGAUCUCUACCUCGGCACCUUCAGCACGGAGGAAGAGGCGGCGGAAGCUUACGACAUAGCGGCGAUAAAAUUCCGCGGCCUCAACGCCGUCACCAACUUCGACAUGAACCGCUACGACGUGAAGAGCAUCCUCGAGAGCAGCACGCUCCCCAUCGGCGGCGGCGCCGCCAAGCGGCUCAAGGAAGCCCAGGCGCUCGAGUCCUCCCGCAAAAGGGAGGAGAUGAUCGCCCUCGGCUCCACCUACCCUUACGCCGCCGCCGCAGCCGGCUCGAGCCGGCUCCAAGCCUACUCUUUAAUGCAGCCGACUACGACGCCGUACGAGACCCAGCCGCUGCUCUCUCUACAAAACGGCACCGACAUCUCGUCCUACGACGCCGUUCAGAACAACUACCUGCAGACGCAGCUCCACCUGGCGAACCAAUCGGCUGCUGCCACGUCGUCGUACCCGGGCUCGUUCUACAACAGUUACUUGCAGAGCAAUCCGGGGAUGCUCCACGGGUUGAUGAGCAUGGAGAGCGGGAGCAAUAAUAAUAAUAAUGGCGGUGGUCCGGGUGGGGCGGGUUACGGUUCGGUUGGUGGUGGGUUCUUGGGGAUGGGGACCGGUGGGUUGGGCAGCUUGGGUGGACCGGGUUCCGGAGGAGAGGAAGGGGUUGGGCCGUUGGUGAAGGUGGACUAUGAUAUGCCUUCGACCGCUGGGUAUGGUGGCUGGACCGGGGAGUCUGUUGUCACAGGGUCGAACCCUAGCAUGUUUACGAUGUGGAAUGAUUGAUCCGAUCGAUCCAUCGAGUCGAUUGUGCUGUAGAGGAAGAUGGUUGAAACUUGGAGGAGGGAGUGUGGAUCAUCUAAUUAAUUAACUCUAAGUUUAAGGCUAAUUGUUUCCUUGAUUUUGUUUUCGAUUUCAGCUUCGGUUAACAAGGAGAGAGAUGGAUGUGAAUCGACUCGUUACUGACCUCUCGAAUCUGGAUUGGUUGAUUGGGUUAGUUUUCGUUCUUUUGGGUGUAUUGGGGACACGUGGGGCUUUGAUUAUGGGUGAAUUACCACCCAAAUUUUGUAACCUAUAUUGCUCAUGUGUCUUCUUUGGAGCGAACUAUUUAAUUGAUAAAGAAAAGUAUAUCCUCGGCAAUGUUUUGUAUUCAUUUUCUGUAAUAUCAUAUAUUUUCUUCUUCUUCUUCUUCUUCUUCUUCUUCUUCCUUUGGACUUGUUUCGUUAAUUCAUUUGUUGCACCAUCCAUGUUGUUGCAUGCAUGAAGAGUAAUCCGAGGCUCCGAGCGGCGACGUCCUUCCCCUUGCAUGUUGGGCCUGGGCUUUAUUCUUUUAACAUGGGGCAGCCCGGCUGCAAACUGCAAUUAUGGGCUGCAAGCGAUCUGUUCCUUUCCUGGAUUCCCCAAGGUAAAGGAUUUGCUUCGUGGGUCUCGUGAUCGGAACAUAUAGCCGUCAUGGUUCGUCGAGUUAUGGUUCUCACUUUAUAUAUUUGAGGUGUUUGGUUGUUGUGUUUCUUGGACUUAUAUAUAGUAGAUAGUUUGGAUCCCAAAUGGAACCUUGAUCAUGUUAUGUUCCUCUUAUUUAGGGUGAUCGAAUGUAUCCUUCUUCUUUCUAAUGAUGAUGAGUUUGUUACACCCAUAUGCAAGACAAAGUCAGAUGGGGGUUCGCUAUAUAUGAUGGUGUUUGCUUAUCCAUUCGCGGUGUAACUUAUAACUCUUCCUGAAUGUAGAAGAAGGGAGACUGAACCGAAUGGUUGUUUGUGCCGAUACAAAUAUUGUCAUGGACAUAUGUAGUAGUCGUCGGACAUGCGAUACAAAUGUUGUAGGGGUACCAUGAAUUCUUUUAAAGAGAUUUGUUUAACAUUAGAUACAUUCAGGGACGGAGCUAGGAUCCAGUGGUCGGGGGCCGGACUUUAUUGUAUAAUAUCAGUAAAAAAAUUAAUAUUUACAUAGUGAGUCAUAAGCUUCAAAAUUUAAUUAUCUAGACUCCGAAAUUUAAUUAUCUAAAUUAGAAAAAUAUUAUAAGAUCCAAAAUUUCAUUAUCUAGUUUAAAAAUUAAAAAGUAUUUGAAUAAGUACAAAAGUUAAGUGAUCAGUCUAAAUUUUAAACAAAAACUCAACCAAAGUAGGAAAACUAAAAAAACAAUGUUGCUGCUAGGGAUUGAACCAUGGUACUGGGGUAUUCACAAAUACCAGGCAACUGCUGCAUUCCAUUAGACUAGACCAAAACAUUAUUAAUCAUUAUUGCACGUUAUCGUUAUUCUACAAUAGUUAACUUCUUCAGAAUUUUCAAAAUUCCCGAUAUUUUUACUCGCGAUCUCCAAAAUUCUCGGGGGGAGGAGGAGGGGGUGCCCGAGGCACAAGGUAGCUCCGCCCCGUGUCAUACAAUUUCAUAGUAUUGUGUUCCAUUAUCGUAUUUGUGUUAAGCAAACCUUUUUUUUUCUUCCAAUUUUGUUCUCUUUGGUAUAUUCGUUACCUUUAAAUGGGAGUUGUAGUAUCGAUUGUCGUCCGGCGGCAAUGAUAGAAUACUUCGAAUUCGUUCGUGCCAUCAAUUAGUGCCUAUGAGGAUCUGUAAUGAAACCACCAUCCCAACCAGUUCAACGAUUAGGCGUUUUGCUGUCUGUUUUGAGUAAAAAGAAAGGGGCAAAAGCAGAGAAUUAGCUUAGGCUGCUAGGCAGAGUGAGUCCAAGUUCGAUUUUGGAAAUGUUUGUCCCCUUCUUUGUGUUUUUUUUUUUCCCAUUCGAUAUCUUGAUUAGAGAGAUAAAACAUCGAUCGAAAA